UGACUGACUCAUUGAUUGAUCGGUGGUAAACUAUUGCGUGUGAUCGUGACUUUCGGAUUUGACGUUGUAAAUGAAAGUGUUGCAGCACUGUGUGUACCGUGUGCGUGAUUUGGACCUUGAUUCAUUACAGUGCGAUCAACUUUGAUUUUAAUCUUCAUUCCGUUAGGUUACAGAGACAUCGGUACCAUCCAUCUUGUUGAGAAAAGUGCCAUUUGGAACAGUUAUUGUUUUUCCGAAAAGUGGCGAAAGAUCUUAAUCCUCCGAACGUAUAAGGAGGAAUGUGAAAAAAAUCAACAAGCUUCAUAGAGCCGUGUAAUCUGCCCUCUGUGUGUGUGUGUGUAUGUGUGUGUGUGUGUACCAACCGGAGCUGUCAUAAAUGUACACAUUCUAUAUAGAUUGCACGAUCUAUGCUCGGUUAGUGGGCCGAUUUACUCAAGACAAGUGAUCGUAUCUGACGCGCGGCAGUGAAUUGACAUUAAUCAUCGUCGCGCGGUGUUGUGCGCUCAUCGACCGUCUAAAGAGCUAGUGCCGCAUUCUUAUUCGACGGCGAGCUUCCUCACGCUAGCAGGUGAUCAUGGCUAAUCGGGGUACAGCCCAGAGGCCAAAUGGUUCAACACAAGGGAAGAUAUGUCAGUUUAAGCUGGUGUUACUUGGAGAAUCUGCUGUGGGAAAAUCAAGUCUUGUCUUGAGGUUUGUGAAAGGACAGUUCCAUGAGUACCAAGAAAGUACUAUUGGAGCUGCAUUUUUAACACAAACUGUAUGCCUGGAUGAUACAACUGUAAAGUUCGAGAUUUGGGAUACAGCAGGGCAGGAACGUUAUCAUAGUCUUGCACCAAUGUAUUAUCGUGGUGCGCAGGCAGCCAUUGUUGUAUAUGAUAUAACAAACCAAGACACAUUUGUACGUGCUCAAACGUGGGUGAAGGAACUGCAACGACAAGCCAGUCCAAGUAUAGUUAUAGCACUAGCUGGAAAUAAAGCCGAUCUUUCAAAUAAAAGAGUUGUAGAAUUUGAUGAAGCUCAAACUUAUGCAGAUGAAAAUGGUCUUCUUUUCAUGGAAACUUCAGCCAAAACAGCAAUGAAUGUUAAUGAUAUAUUUUUGGCAAUUGCUAAGAAACUUCCAAAGAAUGAACAAUCAGGAAAUGCAAGUACAAGUGGUCAAGGUCGCCGAUUAGUUGAGACAGAAGGACAAAAGGCAGCAACUGGCAAUUGUUGCAAGUGAUUAUCCAAAUCUAUUUGUACCAUAAUCAACAAAUAUAAAUACACCAUGAGUGUGUCUGCAAUGAAUAUAUAUUUGAGUGGAAUAUAAAACAAUCAGAAAAACCACUAUAUUGGAAUGGGAGGUGAACUGUGCAGGACGAACAUUUUUCCUGAGUGAUCAAUGAAAAAAAUGCGUGUAUCACAUUGCAUUCAACGAUAUAUCAUCUAUUUUGAGUAUCAGAACUGUCAAAAAAAAGAAAGAAGAAAAGAGAGACAGAGACAGAUUAAGCUCCCAUUUGUAAUUCUAGUAGUAAUGGGCGGUGUUCGUUAUAAAUAUAAAAAAUAAAUAAAUAAAUAUAUAUAUAUAUAUAUACACUUACAUAUAUAUAUACAUAUAUAUAUAAAUACGAUUACGAUAUAAAUCAUAUAUAAUAAAUAUGAUUUAUGUAAUAAGUAAUGUUAAUGGUAAUAAGUAAUAAUGAUAAUAUUAAUGGUAACAUUGAUAAAUAAUAAUAAUAAUAACACUAAUAUUAGUAACAAUAAUAUACAUUUAAAACAUACAAUGUAUGAUGAAAUUUUGGCACGCAAAACGUCUUGUAAGAUAGUACGCCAUUCCUGCUGCUAUGAUUAACUAUGUAUUUACUUUCUUAGUUUGUAAACAUGUAUAACAAAAUCUUGCUCCGAAAUGUAUUGUAUAUUAAUUUUAUUCAAUAAUUCAUGAUAAAUUAUAAAUGAUUACGCAAGAAAAAAUAAACUUGUGAAUAUUACUAAGGAUUUCGUCAAAUUCACCAUUUCAUUUCAUCCAAAAUUAUCAUAUCAUAUAAAUGAGUCUGCAAUUACGAUAGAAUAGAGCAAAUUUUGUAUGAAACCAUAGUAAAUUGAAAGGCAAUUGCUUCAUCUAAUUAGGUUAGCGUUUUUAUCAUAUUAAAAGCUAUCUGUUUUUCUAAAAUUUCAUAUUAUAUAAUAUUUUUUUGUACUUCAUGUUUAAUUUUACAUGUUAAGCAGGAAUUAGUUUAAUAAAUAAUCCACAUUGUAAAUUAUAAAACUUUAACUACUAAUAGCAAUACAAAUCACAUUUUACUGAAUUUAAAUCAUUUUCAAAAUUUCGUCUAAAUAAACAUUAUCAAGUACCAUCAUGUAAAAAGCAAAAAAAAGAAAACCGGAUUUCAAUUCUAAAACUGGGAUGUUAGAUAAUCAAAACAAAAUCUGGUAUUUAUGUAAAAAUCAUUCUUAAAUUUUUUAGCUUUAAACAAAAUGAAGAAAUAUUUAUAUUUACACGAAUAUACACUUUGUUCAUUAUUAUGCAGUGUUUGACAGAUAUGUUAGUUUUUUGUAUAUUUCGAAAGUGUAUAUUGAUAUUUGAAAAAAUUUAAGUUUUUAUUUAUUUUGUCUUUUGAAAUGUAAAGUAAAUAUGUUGUAAAUUUUGUAUUAAUUACAUAUAAAAAUUAUUAAAAUUUUUAUCAAAAUAUUGUAUCUUUAAGCAAAAUAAUUUGUGCAUUUUAUAAUCGCCUUUAUACAAUUAAAAGAGCGAAAAAUGUAAUAUUUUAUUUUAUGUUUGUAGCUUUAAAUGGUGCAAUAUAUAUAUAUUGUGUAUAUAAACCCUCACACGCUACAUAUAUAUAUAUAUAUAUAUAUAUAUUCCCGAUAUGAUACAUAUAUAUAUAUCGUAUAUACAUACACUUAAUAAGCACAUAUAUUGACAUUUUAUAAUCACACUAACGCGUCGUAGUAAAUAUAAUUACGAUUUUAAAAAUUAUUCUCUAUUAAAUUUCUACGUUGUUGAUAUUCUGUGGUUGAAAAUGUAUAUGAUUCUUAAUGGCGUUUGCAUUGAUUUACAUAAAUUAUUUUAACAAUAUUAAAAGAUAAUACAUGAAAUUGUAGGCUUAUUAACAUUUAUAUGUAUUAUUCUAUAUAAUGUAUAUAAUAUUUUAUGCUUAGGAUAUGUUAAUAUUAGUAUAUAUAUAUAGUAAAAGAAAACACGAUCAACACAAACCGUUAGUUAGUUUGUAUUCGAUUUAUCAAGUCCGAUCUUCUCUAUCAAUUUAAAUGUUCAUAAUUUAACUAUUAUAUGUAUCUAAUUUUUAAAUAUACAUACCUUGUUCUGUAGUAGAAAUAAUAUUUGAUAAUGUCAUAUCAAUUCAUAACAGAAGAUCGUACAGAAACCAAUGGUCAAAAAGACCAGUCGAAAUCAAUUAUAAAUGUUAAGUGGCUAACUUUGUCAGAACGUACAAUACCGAAAAUUCAAGUAAUUUUACAGAAAAUCCAGUCGGACAUUCAAAUCGAAUCAAAUGUAGAUUAUGAUGAUUUGUGCGGACCGU